GUUAUCAAAAAUUUUUCGAAGUGACAUAAUAAUAAUCUAAAUUGACAUUUUUACAAAAAUAAGAACAAAUAACGAACGAUAACAAUGUGAAUAAUAGUUCAGUGAUGAUGUGGCCACUAAUUUAAAAUACAUUAAAGCCUUCCGUAUUUGAAAACAAAAGCUUCUUCUAAUGUUAUCACUCAAAACGUAAUGAAAGAAAGUACAACAUGUUUCGUAGCAGAAGUUGGUUUGGAGGAGGCUGGGGACGCCCAAAAAAUCUCCACUCACUUGAACACCUGAAAUACUUGUACAAUGUACUCUCUAAGAAUCAAACAGUAUCCGAACACAACAGAGGACUCUUGGUUGAGACUCUAAGAUCAAUAGCUGAAAUUUUGAUUUGGGGUGAUCAGAAUGACUCUUCAGUGUUCGACUUCUUCCUUGAGAAGAAUAUGCUAUCUUUUUUCCUUCGAAUAAUGAGACAAAGGAGCGGUGGUUCUAGUUUUGUAUGUGUUCAAUUACUACAAACCUUGAAUAUUCUCUUUGAGAAUAUAAGAAAUGAAACAUCACUAUAUUAUUUAUUGUCAAACAAUCAUGUGAAUUCAAUAAUUGUUCAUAAGUUCGAUUUUUCUGAUGAGGAAGUGAUGGCUUACUAUAUAUCGUUUCUCAAGACACUUAGCCUGAAAUUGAAUGCCCAUACUAUCCAUUUUUUCUACAAUGAACACACUAAUGAUUUUCCCCUUUACACUGAAGCUAUUAAAUUUUUUAAUCAUCCUGAAUCUAUGGUAAGAAUUGCAGUACGAACAUUAACAUUGAAUGUCUACAAAGUGGAAGAUGCUAGCAUGCUUGCUUUUAUACGAGACAGAACUGCAGCACCCUAUUUUUCAAAUAUAGUCUGGUUUAUUGGCAAGCAUAUUCAAGAAUUGGAUUAUUGUGUCAGAAAUGAUGCUGAUCAUCAGUCUCAGAAUAGGCUUUCUGAUCUUGUUGCAGAACAUUUAGAUCAUCUUCAUUAUUUGAAUGACAUUUUGUGCCUCAACAUUACAGAUUUAAAUCAGGUUUUAACUGACCAUCUACUCCACAAAUUACUUAUUCCAUUGUAUAUAUUUUCCCUUACUAAAAGACCAACACCGUUGAAUGAUAUCAUGACAGCAAACAUGAACAGAUUGCUGUACAAAAGAACAUUCACAUCAGACAGCACUUCAAGUCCUCAUCAUGAGAAUUCCUCUAAUGGUGGGAAGAUAUCAUGUGUUGUGGCCCUGUUUUUGCUAUCUCAGGUAUUUUUGAUACUUUCCCAUGCACCGCUCGUUCAAACCUUAGCUUGGAUCAUCUUGAAGACUGACAGACUUAGCUAUGAGCAAGGCGUGGAUAAAUUGUUGGAAAGUUACAACAAUGAGCUCAAAAGAAAACAGGCUGAAGAGUGUAUGGAAAGUGAAAAGUCAACGAGAACAAGUUCGAAAGAUGGUUCUAAUGAGGAUUUACUGGAGGAGCCUAGAAAUGUUACGGAUGAGGAGAAAGAGAGGCUUGCAUCUACUUCAGAAAAUUCUAGCGAGGAGGAAAAACCAUUUUUGGAGUCUGUUUUAAUGUCAUUGGAUUGUACAGAGAAUGAUUAUACUACUUUAUUUUCGUUGUGUCUGUUCUAUGCUAUAGCAAAUAAUAAAGGUAUUACAUCCGAUAUUGCUGAACAAAUAUUGAAACCUAAAAAAACUCUAGUCACUAAAACAUCCAACAAGGAAAUCAAAUACAGUUAUAAUGUGCAACUUGUUGAUAAAAUUCUACAUGUAGUUAUGCUAGCUUGUCAACCAGCAUGCAGAGUGAGGUUAGUGACACUGGAAUUGGCUCUAAAGUUUCUGUCACAGCUAGUAAUGUGCGAUGGUAAAAGUAUAUUAAUGGAGUCUCAUAAGUUAACAAUAGAUGCAGCAAAGAGCCAGAGCACUGCGUCAUUGAGAAAUUUUUAUAAAAGCGAAGAGAUUUUUUUAGAUAUGUUUGAACACGAAUACUGUGAUAUGCAGAAGGGUUCUUUAAAUGUUGAAUGGUUAUGCAUGGAUAGUGCAAUAUUGCUUCCGCCAACCGGUACUCCGAUGACUGGCAUCGAUUUCACAAAACGAUUGCCUUGCGGUGAAGUUGAAAGAGCAAGAAGAGCGAUAAGGGUAUUUUUCUUGAUCAGGGAUAUGGUGUUAACCUUGAACGGAGAAGUUGAAACGCAACUUCCUCUGACAAAUCCGCAGAGCUGUGUUCAAAUUGACCAAGCCUUGGACCUGAGUAUAUCUCGUUAUAAUUCUGAUCUGAUUGGUUGUACAGUUAUCUACAAAGAGGGAAACAAAAUGCGAAGGUUCUUAGUGAUCGAUAUUCUCCAACUUAUACUGGUGGAACCAGACACUAAGAGGUUAGGAUGGGGCGUGGCCAAACUGGUGGGUUUCCUGCAGGAUAUUGAGGUAUCUGGAGACAAGGACGAUUCUAGAUGUUUACAUAUCACAAUUCACAGACCAUUAUCUGGUACUGCGACAAACAGAAUUCCAUUACUGAGUGCAAAGUUCGUCUUUGACGAUAACAUUCGUUGCAUGGCGGCGAAGCAAAGGUUAACAAAGGGUCGAAUCAAAGCUCGUCAGAAAAAAAUGCAACACAUUGCGAGACUUCUGGAAAUACCAGGCCAGUCGGGCCCCCCUAGCCCCGCUUUCAUCGGAGCCUGUGGGGUGGGGUACACCAGUAGGCAAAUGGGCAGAAACCGCGAGCGACCUCUCUUCAAUAGGUGCCCCGGAAUCGCCGCCCCAAAAAGGGAAAGCUCCCCAGGCAUAGCCCAUAGAGCGGACGCAGAAGCGAGAAAAAUCAAGUGUACAGUGGAGAGUCCCAGGGUACCUAGGCUGAGGAACGAGAGUCCCAACGCCAAAAGGGACGUCAGAUCGAGAGAUUCAUCGUCGUCGAGCAGGACUAGGUCGAGGGACAGCUCGCCGAGGAUGCCUAGACCUAGAUCAGAGGAAAUACCGCUAGAGUUAAUCAAGAAAGCUCCGAGUUCUGUGAUUGAUAUGGCGCCAAAAAUUAGUAUACUGCCAAGACCUCAGACCCCAAAAGUGGAAUGUGAUAGGACUGCGCCAGAGGUUAUAAGGUGCCUCGGAGAUAAGGAUAGUGGGGUUAGUUCAAUUUCCGAAGUAUCAGAAGAAACUUCUUUUAUUGCCGAAGAAGCCGAUGUGGAGAAUGAAAAAAGUUUUGUUGAAACUGUUUAACAAUCUUAUAUUUAUUAUCUUUUGGUACAGCAGCUCGUUUUGUUAUGUAAUUUAGUUUCUUUUACUAAAUAUAAUUUUAAAAAUA